CUCAGUGCCUUUCCCUUUUUCCCUCCCUCCAAAACCAGUACCCAGAAAAAUCUCUUCUCAACGAAACCCGAAAUCGCUCUCUCUCAUUCUCUCGUCGGCCGACAACCACCAUGGCGGCGGCGGCGGCGAUAGAGCUCAGUUGCUCCUCAUUAUCUUCUUACGCCGUUAAAGAUUGCUCCUUUAGCUCUUCAAAUGCCCAUAAGCGGCGUUUGAAUGUUCUUAGGCCUGUUCCUCGCAAUACCCAUUGUGCCAAAGUUUGCUCUUCUCUCACCUCCAAUGAAGUCCAAGCUCCCGUGGCCGUGUCUACUGAGGACCCCAAGAAGAAGCCAGAGUGCUAUGGAGUCUUCUGUCUCACUUAUGAUCUUAAGGCUGAAGAAGAGACAAGAUCUUGGAAGAAAAUGAUAAAAAUCGCUGUUUCUGGCGCUGCUGGAAUGAUUGCUAAUAAUCUCCUUUUCAAGCUAGCAGCAGGCGAGGUUUUUGGACCAGAUCAGCCCAUUGCUCUGAAACUGUUGGGAUCUGAGCGCUCACGGGAAGCUCUGGAAGGAGUUGCUAUGGAACUAGAAGACUCACUUUAUCCUCUAUUAAGAGAAGUGAGCAUUGGCAUAGAUGCCUAUGAAGUGUUCCAAGAUGCCGAAUGGGCGCUUCUGAUUGGUGCUAAACCUCGAGGCCCUGGAAUGGAACGAGCCGCCUUACUUGACAUAAAUGGGCAGAUCUUUGCAGAACAAGGAAAGGCUCUGAAUGCUGUCGCGUCGCGCAAUGUGAAAGUGAUAGUUGUUGGAAACCCGUGCAAUACCAAUGCACUGAUUUGUUUGAAAAAUGCUCCAGACAUACCGGCAAAGAACUUCCAUGCAUUAACUAGGUUAGAUGAAAACAGAGCAAAAUGCCAGCUUGCUUUGAAAGCAGGAGUCUUCUAUGACAAAGUGUCUAAUGUUACCAUCUGGGGAAAUCACUCCACCACUCAGGUUCCUGACUUUUUAAAUGCUAAAAUCAAUGGAUUACCCGUAAAAGAGGUCAUUAAAGAUACAAAGUGGCUGGAGCAAGAGUUUACAGAAAAGGUCCAGAAGAGAGGUGGAGAACUUAUUAAGAAAUGGGGAAGAUCCUCUGCAGCAUCAACUGCAGUAUCAAUUGUUGAUGCCAUGAAGUCUCUCAUUACUCCAACACCUGAAGGCGAUUGGUUCUCUUCAGGAGUAUAUACCAAUGGAAAUCCUUAUGGCAUAGCGGAGGAUAUAGUUUUCAGCAUGCCAUGCAGAUCAAAGGGAGACGGCGAUUAUGAACUAGUUAAGGAUGUAAUAAUUGAUGACUACCUCCAAGGCCGGAUAAAGAAGACUGAAGCCGAGCUGUUGGCAGAGAAGAAAUGCGUAGCCCAUCUUACCGGGGAGGGUAUAGCUGUGUGUGAUUUGCCUGGGGACACCAUGCUUCCUGGAGAGAUGUGAGAGAUGCAACUCCAAAGCUAAGAUGAUGUUAAUGGCGGACAACACCAUCAUACUAUAUAUCAUUUCGAGGUUUUGUAAUAAUUAAUUUCUAUUUUUUUGGCUCAAAUAAAGAACGAGAUGCAUCAACUCUUGCCCCGCCUUUCUGGGUGUUUUUUUAUGCUUAUAAGCUAGUCAAAAUUUUUAUAAAACGUUUGACAUGUUUUGAUGACAUGUUUUUUCGUGUUUAUAAGCUGCUUAUAAGUAUAGAAACAAAAUAAGAUCUUAUCUGUUUA